AGAGAGAGAGCGAGAGAUUUCCUCGUCAUCAAGUUGGUACCAUUCUUUGAGUUAGGGGUAGCUCAAUCAACAAAUCCUGGCAAUUGGGCAAUUGCACUGCGUGCUUCCUGAGCACAGAAUAGUGUAUUGUAGGAAACCAAGAGUGAGGAAAGUUGAGAUUGGGAAAGAGGCGAGAGCGAGGGACACGUUGUUAUUGUUCGAGAGGGAAUUGCAGAGGAACGCUGGCGUUGCUGUUUUUCUAUUUUUCUGGGGCCUCGUUCGCAGGCGUUUCGGAAGAGGGCACGAUUGUGUACAAGGUGAAGCGUGCGGACUGUGAGAAUGUCUGCAAGAUGGGUCGAAGUUGCCCCGGAGAUAUGACUACAUUUUGAGUGCCGGAAAAGCCGACAUUGUGGCUAGGGUGCUCUUGGCCGUGCAGAAAACGAGAGUAGGUAGGCGGGUGGGAGAUGUGGUGGCUAGUUGGCGCAGUUGGUGGUGUGAGCGAUGCAGGAUAAACUUGGUGGCGCGGAGAUUGUGCGAGUGUGUGAGAUCAUAAGUGUUCAGAGUGUGUCAUGAUGCAGGGAAGAUACAGGGAUAUGCACACCAGCGAGAGUUACCAGGUUGUACAGGUCUGUGGUGAGUGGGGGCGCUAGAAAGCAGCGUUGUUUGGACAGGGUUGUGGCCUGGUGGAUGUUCUAACUUGGCGGUUUACGUAGGGAGAAGCAGAAGGUUUUCCUCGUGCUUGUAGUGAGCCCUGGUUUUCGGACGGAAGUGGAUCUUGUGCCUGGGGUGAAAGACAAAAAUGUUGAAAUUGCUCAGCCGUUAUUUUCCGGCAUGGCCCUCGGUGAGUAACCUAUUGAUAUGCAUGCAGGGAAGGAGGGUACGCCCCUGCAAUAGAAUAACUCGGGAAGGUGACUGUUGGUCGAUGUUUGGUUGGGUAGUUUGGAAACCCCAGUGUACGUGUGAAGAAGAAAACAUUCCAGAUUGGCCGCGCCUUGUGCAGCAUGUAGAAAGCGGGUCCAAUGUCUGUGCGGGGGCGCUUUGUUGCGGAGGAUUAACGUGGUUGGAGAGGGCAGAUGUAUAGUCCUGGUAGGGGUGAUGCCCGUGCAACUGCGCUGCCCAAUGCUCGCGACUCAUCGACUUCCAUGCCUAUCGAUCACGCAUCAGCGUGGCACAGAGAGCCUUACAACCGGGAUGCGAGGUUAGAUAGAGGUGACAGGGAGAGGAUUAUCGGAGGGAAGAGGGAGUGGAAUUCGGACAGAGCUUCGUUUGGAGCGCCUUAUCCCAGAGCCUUCGGUGGGCUGCACCCUGUGAACGGGAGCCUUGGACCUCCGAACAAGCGUCGGCUGAACGGGCGACACACCGGGUUUCACAACGAGGGCGGGCGGUAUGUGUCACCAGGACAUCGAGGGGAGCCGCCGUUCGGGUCCGUGGGCCCUGUGGAGAACGGGUUAGGACGGAAGUUUGACAGAGAGUCGUUCUAUCCAGGAUCAGGAUGUCCUGUCGGGGGUUCGGGGUUCGGCAACGGUGUGGGCGUGGACCAGCGUGCGAAGGAAUUGGAGGAGAGGCACAAGAAGGAACCUUUUCUGCUGUUGAGAGACGGCAGGGACGGCGGGAGCUGUGGCGGAAUCGAGCAUGGCGUGCGUUCGUUUCCUUCUCAAGCGGUGUGUGAGGCAGAGAAGAGUUGUUGGGAGAGGGAGAGAUCGAAAGGAGCGGUGGGUAAUGGUUGGGAGUCGUCGCAGAAAUUGCAGCGAGAUCUUCGUGAGAGGGUGGGCGGAAAGGCGGAGGGUUACAGCAGAAGGGAGGGGAAGUUGUCCCAGCACGACGGAGGAAGGGAGUGGUCGCAGGCGGACAAGGAGUUGGAGGGGCGUAGAGUGGACGGGUACGGGAGUAGCAGUCGGGACGGUUUGACGGGUGACGGCGUGGGUGGAAUCAAGGAGGCAGUGGGUGGGUGUGAGUGGAGGCGGAAGGAGAGGUCGAGUUCCGUGAGUGCAUCCCGAAGCGGUAGUUAUGUUGCAAGUAGCGGGACCGCGAAGGGGCCCGUGGGGAGACCCCAGGCGCUGGACGUGUCCGGGAGCGCGUCGUCGCCACAGGUUUCACCCCAUUCGACAGCUUCGCCAGGGGUGCAGGAAGCGAGUCGCGAUGAUGGGAGCCAACCGUCUCCGCCGAAACGGCCUCGGCUGGGGUGGGGUCAAGGACUUGCAAAGUACGAGAAGAAGAAGGUUGUGGAGACGGAUGAGGUUGGGGUGUCCGCAUCGGGAGGCAGCGUGUCGGGAAGGGAAAGAUCGAGUGUAAGUGGCGCAACGACGGAAGUGGUGCAGACGCAGGAGUCGCAGGCAGCAGAGGAAAGCCCCGUGUCUGUUGUGUCGAAUCUGAGCACAUUGCCUCCGCUGACGCCGUCAGCAUCACCUUCGCAGCAGGCAGCGGAAGUUGUGUCGAAGGCGAUGGUGGAGUGUGACGGAGUGGAGCAAGAGGUAGUAGGCAAGGUAUGCGAGAGAGUGGCAGCAGAAGCGGAGGCGGGCGGUUGGAUUUCGAAGCCUGAGGGUGUGGUGGCGGAUGAUGUUGAGAAAAGAGGUAACAUGCGUGCGGUGACAGAAUGCGGGUUGGAAGAGAGCGUGAGACAAGGUGAAUGCUGUGAGGCGUUGGGUUUGAAGGAGUCGAUGGAGUGCCAAGCGUCACCGAAAGUGCGUGGGUCAGUUGAGCACUGCGGCGGUGUGGAGGUGGGUGGUGAGGUCGGUGUGAGUGACGCUGGUUCGAGAUGGGCGAAGGAGGAUAUACUGCUGAGAGUGGAGAAAGUUGAGUAUGAGAUCGAGGAGGUCGAAAGGGAACUAGCGAAGGCGGAGAAGGUUGGGAGUGACAGGAGGGCAGCGGGUGAAUGGGUUGCGGGAGUGGUUGGUGAUGAGGGGAGUGCUGGCGUGGACGGUGUUGUGAAAGUGGAGGAUGGAAUUGAUGACGGUGAAGCUAUGGACGUGGAUGCAGCAGAGGUCCAUCCGGGAAGGGUUGACAGUCGAGAAAGUGGCGAGGCGAUGCAGGUUGCGUGUUCUGGUCGGAAUUGGUCAGGAGGAGAGGAAUGCGGAAAUGGGAGAUGGGGAAGCGACGGAGCUGGAGCAGCCGGGAAUGUUGGGGAGCGAGUCGGGGGCGGCGUGAGUGAGGGUGGACACGGAGGAUCGGUGGACGAUGGAGGAGUUCUGGAGGAAGGUGAGUUGGGUGAAGAGAAGCAAGAAGAGUGGACGUCGAAGCAGAUGAGUGUGGGAUUGGAGAGUGAGGGGAAUCCGGCAUACAGCCCUAGGGCAGAAACAGAGCCGGCACAGAGAGAGGAGAUGGAUGUGACAGCGGGUGUGUCAAAAUGUGGGGUUGCAGAGAAGGAGGAGGCAGAGAGAAAGGUGAUAUCGUGGGAUGUGGAGGUGGUUGCGAGAAGUUUGAUGGAGGAGAAUAAGAAGCGAGCCGAGCAGGCAAGGGAGACGUUUGUGCACCUUCUCAGGGAGGGUGUUGGCGUGGAAGGAACGUUGUACAGGUGUCCUGCGGAAGCAGGCGUAUGGAAGGAGAACGUGGAGAGGCACUAUCGGAACCAGGAGAGGAUGUUGGAGAAGAUGGGAGAGAGACGGCAGUCGUUGAGGUUUGCGGAGCAGGUAUUAGCGAUGAGGUUUCGAGCACUGAAAGAGGCGUGGAAGCAGGAGCAGGUGGGGAUGAGGCAACAGCAGAGAGGAACAAAGCCCGUGCGCAGAUGGGAGGUGGAGAAACGGAACGGGACUGCACUUCAUUGCCAUCGGUCAUCUCUGCGGUUGAGGCCCGUACAAGCAGGUAUGGAGAAAGUGGAAGCUGUGUCGGAGGAAUGCAUGAAGAAGGUGAUGGCGAAGGCAGUGGUGGGGCCGGUGAGGGGCGUGUUGAAAAUGCCGAGCAUGAUUGUGGGGCAGGAGAACAGACUGGCGCGGAGGUUUGAGAGCAAGAACGCGCUGGUGGAGGAUCCUGUUGGGAUGGAGAGGGAGCGAAAGAGCAUGAAUCCAUGGUCUUGGGAAGAGAAGAGGGUAUUUCUGGAGAAGUUCGCGGUGUACAACAAGAACUUCAGCAAGAUCGCGUCGCAUUUGGAGUUGAAAACGACGGCGGAUUGUGUGGAGUUCUACUAUCGGAACCAGAAGUCGGAGGAUUUCGAGAGGAUAAGGCGGAGGCAGCAGCUGAAGAAGAGACGGGAUUAUUCUCGAGUGGGUGGAUCGUUUCUUUCGACGGGGCUGCAGACGAGCAGCCAGCGAAGAGAGGCAAAUGGGCAUGGGCGGACCGAAGGUGCGAACGUGCAGACAGUGGGAGCGGUGGUGGGAGUUUCUCACAUCAGCGUAGGUACGAAGGCCGCGAGGAGCAGCAUGCAGCAGAAGCCGGUGGAGCGUCAGCGGGUGAGCUCAGCGUUGGAACCCGGGAGCCUACCUGGAGCUGUUGAGAUAGGGAAGGGUGUGAGCGGAAAGGAAAACAAGUGGUGUGGGACAGGUGGAGUUUCAGGCAGUGCAGCGGGGCGUGGUGGGAUUUUUGGGAUGGUAUUAUCGGGGGCGACGGUGUCUUGUGGUUUGAGCUCCGCCGUGGCAGGUGCUGUAAAGAUCGGUCGGGAAAGAAGCUCGGUGAAGACGAUGGUUGACGCAGGAUUAGUAGUCGCCAGCUGCGGUCAAAUCGAACAGCACGUAUCUGCACCAAUGGUUACCGGCAACGGAUAUUUGCAAAUCUAUUUAGAGAAGUCUGCUGGGAAAGAGGGUGAUGCGCAGUGGACAGACAGAGAAAGGGAGCUGUUUACGGAGGGUGUUAGGCUAUUUGGGAAGGACUUCGAGAGGAUUGCUGUGCAUGUUGGAACAACAAAGAGUGUGGGUCAGUGCAAGGCAUUUUUCUGCAAGACCCGGAAGCGUUUGGGGCUGGACAAGCUGGUGGAGAAGUAUGAGGAUUCAUUGAAGGUGAGGGUUGGAGCUGUUAUGGCGGAGAGUCCCGAAUGUGCAGAUGUUGGGCGUGGAGAAGCGGCGGGCGUUCUGGCGGAAGAUGUGCGGGUGUCAGGUCUUGCGGUGAGCGCGGGUCCUGGUAUGGAAGUGGAAAGUGACCAGGACAAGGGAGAUGAGAGUGAGAAGUCGGUAGAGGUUGUACUUCCUGUAGAUGUACAGGAGAUGGAAGCGGUGGAAGCUGAGGCAGGUGAGGGUGUGAGGGUGGAGGAGAUAGUUGUUGAGGAAGUAGCGGUGGAGUCUGAAGUUGUGGAGGUUGUACCUGUGUAUAACGGAGUUUUGGAGGAUGUACCUGUGCAUAACGGAGUUUUGAAGGAAGCACCUGUGGAUAACGGGGUUUUGGAGGAUGAAUUAGUUGAGACCCCGUCAGUCGUUUCCGAAUCAGUUUCUGAAGCAGUAGGGGCUUCUUGUAUUGUUUCCAUCUCGAAGCACGCGAUGAUGGAAAGUGGUGUUUGUUUGACACAGAGCUCAGUUAUUUUGGACAGUGUGAUGAAGGCAGUAUGCGAGGUGCCUGCAACUGUAGCUCAUUCAAUGGGGGAGUGUGGUGCAGAGGUGUCCGAGGACGAUAGAGUUGAGUUCGUUGCUGUUGAGAAGGAAACAUUUGCGGAGGCUGUGGAAGUCGUUGUGGCUAAGGAUGGGAAUACCGGUAAUAAUUCAACAGACUUGGCAAUUGGUUAUGUAGUUGAGGAGGAUGCAGCGGUGAUUCGUAAGGAUGCUGAAAGUGAUAUGGAGUCUUGCAAGUGUGAGCCAGAUACUGGCCUUGUCAAGGCUGUCGGUAUGUUAGCCAAAAUCAGUACUCUGGCAGCGGAUGAGCAGGAAGCGAAGGCAGUUCCUACGGUUGACGUGAAGGCUGAUCCAGAGUCACCUCAAGUGGCAACAUCUUUAAGCACAGAUUCAGCAUCUUUUCCUUCACUGCCAGCCGCUGUGAGUCAUUCUGGUGGGUCUGUGUUCUCAAAUUCGUCGACGCAAGGUAGUCAACAAGGUCGUGAGAGGGUGGGAAGGGUUGGAGGCGGUGAAACCAAGUCGAGGAGAGAGCCGACUUCUUGGACUCAAGAGGAGAAAGAGAAGUUCGCGGACAUCAUACGGAACCAUGGGAAGGAUUGGACUAGGCUGCACGAAUGUUUGCCCUCGAAGUCUUUAACGCAGAUCAAAACAUACUUUCAGAACUCGAAGGCAAAACUGGGUCUUCUGAAUGCAGAGGGUGUGAAUAUUCUGGGAGGCAGGGUAGCCGGAAGUCGGAAGAGGAAAGUUGAUGAAGCAGAAGACGGCAGCAACAACGUGGCUUGUUUGAGCUCAGGGAAUGAGUUGAAGGGAGGCGGUGUUUCUGCUCGCGACAUGGAUGGCGUUUGUCAGAAUGUGAAAGCAGCGGUGGGCGGGGUUCCAAGCAUGGGGAUGGGUAGUGGUCCAUCGGGGUUGGAGAGCAUGCUGUACCCAAUUUUCGGUCAGCGAGUGGAAGAUCAAAUAGCAUUGGAGAAAUUUAUGCGGAUGUAUAGUGCGAACGGGUUAGCACAGAAUAUUGCGGGUGGGGUAAACCCGUUUGUGCAGCAAUAUGGGUUUCCAAUGUUUCCGAACGCAGGGCAUCAAAGGGCAAGUCAGCUGAGUUUGCAGCAACAGCUUGCAGCAUCUCUGGCUCAGAAGUCGGGUCAAGCGAAGGGGCUGCAGCAGCAGGAGUUGCAAGGUUCUGGAAGCGUUCAACAAAGCGGUCAGGCAAGUGUUCAGCAGAAAGCUGCACAUCAAUUGCAGAGCGCACAGAUGGUCCGAAAUCAGCAGCUUCUGGCAAGUAUGAUGCAGCAUCAAGCGGCAGCACAUCAUCAGCAAAAUCAGACGAGCAAGAGCGUUCCUCACCCUCUUCAGCCGCAGGUUGUGGUACUCCAACCUGGGCAUGCUGGUCAGCUGCAGCAGCAGCCACUGGUUCUAAAUCAACAGGUGAUUCAUCACCCGCAAGCUCAACAAGGUGGGAGUCAGCAGGAGCAAGGUAGUCCAGGUCACCUGGUAGGAAAUCCAAGCUUGGGGGCUUGCAGUUCUGCUCAAGUUCCGAAUCAAAUGAAGCAGUUACUGCAACACCAAGCCUUGCUCCAACAGCAACAGCAGUUUCAGCUGGCAUUGCAACAUUUGCAACAGCAACAGCAGCAGCAGCAGCUUCAGCAACAUCAGCAUCAUCAAGAUCAGACUCAGGCGCAGGUUCAAGUUCAAGCCCAAGCCCAAAUUCAAGCCUUAGAGCAUUCCCAUUCUCAUUCUCAGUCUCAUAUUCAUCAACCUCAAUACUCUCUUGCUUCUCUACUUCAGCCUCUGGUGGUCCAGAAGCCUAAGGUAGUUGUGCCACUUCCCCCACAGGUGACAAGAACCCCGUCACCUCCAGUGUUGCAGCAGGGAGGUUUGCCUCAUCGGCAUGAUCAGCACCAGCAUGGACCAUCGCAUACAUUUCUGAGAGGAAAUGUGGCUAGUGCUGUGUCAAGCAACCCUGGAGAAGCUUCGACUCAGCAGGGAGAAAUUGGAGAACAGUGGGGAAGCAUUAGCCACGGAGGAGGAUCGAAGGAACGAAAUUUUUCUAGAGCUGAUCUUCAUCAACUGAGUGGUGCUGGACAAAUGGUGAAGCCCUCCAAUGCAGAGCCCUCACGGCCAGCAACGGAGUCCCCGCAAGCCCGAAUUGGUGAUGUGAAGUUGUUUGGGCAGUCUCUUUUGUCUCAGCCGACUUCAUGUGCAGUAUCCCAGAAUGUAGCGCGUGGGUCAUUUUCUGCGGCUGAAAAAGUGUCUUUGCAGCAGUCACCUGUUAGUACGGCGGUUUCGUCUCUUGCGACGAGCAUGCCUGUUCCUGCUGCAUCACGUGUGAAACCGUAUGGAAAAGAGUCUGCUUUCAGGGGUGUUCCUUUUUCGUCCGAAGGACGGCAAGGUGGAUGGCCUCCACUUGGUAAUCGCGGGAGCAUGGAAAUGUGGAACAUUAUGAACAAUGCGCAUUCUCAGGUGGGUCAGGUAUUGAAAUCGAAGGUCGAAGAGUUGGAGCUUCACAAUAUGCAGGAAUGUCGCAUGUCUCGUGAAGCCCAAGAUGCAGAAUCAGAUCAGAGCACUCCCAAAUCGACACACAAGCCGCAGCAUCUUGAACAGGCGCGAGGCGCCCAGGAUAAGUCAGGAAGCGGGGGGUUUUCCUCAUUGGCCUAUGGUGUGGGGAAGUCCCGAGCUUGUGUGAAUGAGCAUGGUGUUUCGUCUGGGGAGGUAUCUAGGACUGAUCCUGAGAGAAGAGGCGAGAGCAUUGGACUCGAUUCCGGCUGUAGUGAGCGAAGCUCCAUGAUGGCCAGUAGAAGUAGUAGGGGUCAGGCGGAGUCGUUUGCAAUGCAGGCAACCGGGCCAUUCGCCAAUGGGCAACAAGUGCCUCGGACCGUGAUUGAUGCGCUGAUGGCCAUCGCGGAAUUGCAUCGAAUUCGCAGUUCACAAUUUAAUUCGAGCGUUGGCCAGCCGAGGCUAGAGGACCAUCAAUGGGAAAGCCUUGUACAGCAUACUACUAAGGGUAUGGCUGUCGAUGCUGUGAAAGCCAAUCCCAGUUUGAGCCUAAACCGCCCCAUUGCUACUCCGCAAACCCACUUGAGGGGGAACGGUGUGUCACAGCACUGUGUGCGGGACAGUGGCUUGUAUUUUACUCAACACUAUCCAAAUCUUCCUGGGCAGUCUGGCGUCGUUUCCAGCGCAUGGAAUGGUGGAACUGGGCUUGUUCAUCCUUGUGAUGUGCAACGCAUGCUUGUAAAUCCUGCUCUUAGUUCCUUCCUUCCAAGUGCAUUGUCCAGAGCCUCAACAGCAACUGAGAAGUACUUGGGAUCCUCCGAAGUAAGGGAUUCUGACGGCGGCAGAGAUGGGACAUGUUAGUUUUAAGGUCGAGCUUUAGAAUCGCAGAGAAAAUAGAGGCAGUCGCCAUUUAUUUUCCUCUAUCAGAACCUUUGUUUAUGCUGGACAGGGCACUGGGCAUAUGCCCUUUGUAACAUUAUCUCACAAUUCGUUGAUCACAUUUUUCCCUUCGUUGCAGUACAUGUGCAGUAAAGAGUUGACACUUUGGCUUA